UUAGACGUCUUACCUCUCUCGUCCUAAAAGAUCUUCAAAGAUUGAUUCUUCUUCUCUUCCGGAAUGAUUGUCUGUCGAUAUGAAUAACAUUAGACAGACUAUUAACCUACCUACCAGGUCCUACUUGUCCACAUUGUCGAAUCAUAAUCGAAAAUGAAGCAUCGUCAAACAUUCAUUACAUAAAACGAUACGAGCAUCAAUUUCCAAAACACAAUUCAUAUCAAACAAACCCACAAUUCAGAGAUUAAGAAGUCUCGGAAGGAAAAGCUUGAAAUACUUUGGUACAUUCCGAGGAUCAUUAGUGAUAAAACAAUAACCUACUAAAUUCUCGUGGGGAGACCUUUGCUGAGAGAAACAUACCUAGAUAGUGGUACACCAGUCGUUCAUAACUCCAUCCAUCAUCCAUCAUCCAUCAUCCAUCAUCCAUCAUACAUUCCACACAUUCCACACACAUUCCACACAUUCCACUCCUUCUUUGACUUCUCCUUUCACCUCUUACCCAAAUCACCGCCUCAACCUGUCAUAAUUCGGCUUACAUCUCUCCACAAAUAACCGGCAUCAUCGACACUUCCACUUCAAAUAUUCAACAACCUCAUCCUGAUUUACCUCCACAAUCGCAACAAUCUCAAGAGCAAUUCAAGCCAGCAGCUUAUCAAGGUAUCGAAGUCGUCGCUCAUAAUCAAGACACAAUGUCAUCGCAAGAAAUCCCACCUCAGCAAGAGGGUUUCACGAAUGAGAAGUUUCAACAAGCCCCCCCUCCUCCUCCUCCUCAAGGACAAUAUCAAUCUCCUCCUCCUCAGGAUCAAUACCAAGCUCCACCGUAUCAAGAACAGUAUCCUCCUCAAGGACAAUAUACACCUCAAGCUCCACCCCAAGCAAAUAUCAACCAAGGAAGAAAUAACUAUGCAACUGCUAUGCCUAUCCGCUCCUUGCAAACCGGUCCUACACCCGUGGACUGCCCUAUUUGCGGCGUAAGAGAAGUAACUUCAGUUGAACAUCACAGUGGAAUGACUACACAGUAUGCAUCUCCAUUUCUCAUCCCCUAUACGUUAUCCAUAUGAAAUAUACUAACCCAUCCUAGUCUCAUCGCCAUCCUCUGUUGUGCAGUUACCUGUCUUGGAUGCAUACCCUACCUUGUGUCGGGCCUCAAAGAUGUCGAACAUAAAUGCGGUCACUGUGGUGCAUUAUUGGCCGUCUGGCACAGGAGUGGUAGAUUAGAGGUUGUGGUACCUAAUGCUUAAACAGUUCUCGGUAUUUCUAUUUCCCAUCUUUUCUUUUCUUUUCUUUUCCUGAAAGGCUGUAAGGUUACUUGUACUUUUAAACUAUUCAUGGGCCAAGGAAGGGAUUACUGCAAAAAGCCGAUGGAUAGGACGGCAUUUCUUUCACUAAUAGUGCAUAUUUGAGUGGGAUUUUUGGGUGGGUUUCGAUGGAUUUUCAAUGUGGGAUGUAGGAUGUGAGAUGAUACCCUCUUUUUCUCUUGCCUUGCCUUUUUGGCUUGCUAUUUCAAAUACUUAAGCAUAUACGGACUUUAAAUGCCACGACUUUAGGUAUCUCAU